AUGCCAACGGAUGACACACGUGAUGAAUUUCCAAACGCGCGCGAAUGCCGUGAACAACAAUUACGUGAUUUUGUUUCCAAGUAUAAAGAUUUAAAAUGUUUAUGGGAUAUUCGUUGCAAAGACUAUAGUAAUAGAGACAAAAAAAAAGAUGCUUAUAGUGAAUUAUUAGUUGUUUAUAAGUUAAUUAAGCCUGAUGCUUCUAUAGAUGAUGUAAAAAAGAAAAUUAAUACUUUACGAAGUAAUUUCCGUAAAGAAUUAAAAAAAAUUCAUGAAUCUAAAAGAAGUGGCGCUGGAGCUGACGACAUUUAUCAACCUUCGAGUUGGUUAUUUGAAGAACUGGCGUUUUUGGCUGAUUUGGAAAAACCAGUAGAUAGUACUUCAUCGAUAAACGACGACACAAAUAAUGAAAAGGUACCAAACAAUGAAUCUAGUGAAGCAAUUCAACAAACAAAAAAUGCAGUUCCUACUUUUAUUCGACCGUUACCAAAAAAAUCCAAAUCUACUAUCAGUCAACAAAAUGAAUUACUAUCACUUGCUUGUAAUUAUUUAACAAAUGAAGAAAAUAGACAAGAUUCAGACUUAGACCAGGCCAAAGUUUGGGCAAAUACGUUAAAAACCCUGACUCCUAAUCAAAAAGUAUUUGCUCAGAAAGCGAUCAAUGAUAUUUUGUUUGAGGCACAGCUUGGAACUUUGCACAGAAACUCAGUCAAAAUAAAUGAAGAAGAUUGUACUCGUUCAUCUACUCCAAUGACAGUAAAUAAUUGGAACGAAAAUUCAAAUAGUACAUCACAAUCUCAGGACUAUGUUUUGACACAAACAAAUUUACAAAAUUUCUAUGGCAACUGGAAUGGAAGUGAUGUUUAA